CCGCUGACGUAAACGCCAACAUUGCAACAUUUUCUCUUGUAAAGGCGGUAUUUCUCUCCUCGAAGUCGCACUUUGAUCGUAUCUUCCGCCAUCUUAAGAGACUUGGCGCUGAUUCUUCGGUGAUGGUCCACCAUUCGCAGUCCGUAGUCGCCCCAAAUAACAGUCGUGCCCUUCGUUGAUCCUCCAGUCGCUACUCGGGGUCGGCCCUUGGCCAUUUUCUUUUUUCGGUUCAGACUGGGUUCGAGCCAUGUGCCCAUCAUGGCGGGGCUUGUGGAAAAGGCUCUGCCAUUCUGAAGCAGCUGGGCGGCGCCGAGGACCUUGGAUUGGCGCUGGACGGGGGCCCUCAGUUGUCGCAAAGGCGUGGAUGCGGAGAUUCUCAGUCCCUGGAAGGCAUUCAGCAAUGCCGCAGCGCCAUUGGACCUCAUGGCGUCGGGUUUGGCCGCUGAUUCAGGCUUGUCUGGAGAUUGUCGCACCGCUGGGGCCUCGAUAUCUUGAAAAGAAUCCCAAGGCGGCAAGCGUCAAAAUCGCCGGCGCAAAGCGGGGCCUGAGAUGUCAGGCCAAACAUUUUCUGCUAAUUAAGCUCAGGUCACGCACCUCGCGUCAGCUUCGCGUUGCGCCGCAGCACGUCACUGGAAUAAUUUCUAGGCUGCUCCUUCACUCUGCACGCCGCUAAAACCUGCGAUCAGUCAGGCAACAGCGCCCAGACUGUGCCAAAAGAGGGCCUUUGUAGGGCUAUAUUUUGUUCUUCUUCUUUGCCAUCUCAUUUUUCUUUCUUCGUUUUCUUUUUUUUUUUUCCCGAGCAAGAAGACACAAUGCCUGAUAUUCGAUCCUUCUUCACCCCAAAGGGUGGUGCGGCCCCCCCAAAGACCGCGGCCGCCAAACCAGAGCCACCAGCGGCCAAAGGCAAGCGAGGAAAGAGCCGGAAAGUUGUUGAAGACAGCGAGGAUGAAGCUGCAGAAGAAACAGAGCCUAAAGGGGUGGCCAUAUCUGCCGAUGAUUAUUUUGCUUCUUCCAAAGACUCCAAAGCGGCCAAAGCAUCUCCAACACCCAAGAAAAGCGCCGCCAAAUCCACGGUCGAAAUUGACGUUCCUGUUCGAUCUAGUCCGCGAAAGAAACCCACAGCAACGGCAGCUGCACCGGAGGAAGACGAGGACGAAGACGUAGCCCCUCGGUCCAAAAGAGCCAGGACCUCGUAUAAACCGGCCCCCGUUCACGAUGAUGGGGAUGCACAUAUGGAAGAUGGCGAUGAGGAUGCUGAUGAUAUAUUCGCUGCUGACGCCAAGGGCCGCAAAAAGGGUGGAAAUGACGAAUAUGAAACGGAAGAAUCCGAAGACGAAGUUGUCCCAAAAUCCAAAGCACGAGGGCGAGCUGCUGCCUCUGGAAAGAAUUCUGCAGACAAACCGACGUCCAAGGCCGCACCGGCCGGAAAGAAGCGAAAGUCCCCGGAGCAGGAAUCGGACGAAGAGGAAGAAGAAAAGCUACCUCGGAAAAAACCUGCAGCGAGCAAACCACGCGCACCCAGAGCGAAGAAAGCAGAAGAGCCCGAGGACGAGGAUAUCCAGAACAUCUUAAAUAGUGUGGCUACUGUAAGAGCGCCGACACCACCACCUAAAGAUCCCAACGUGAAAUUCGAUUGGAGAAAGGCCGCCGCUAGUGGCGGUAAUGCUUCUACACAACCCGCUCAGCCUGCUGGCGAGCUUCCGGAAGGCGAGGAAGAGUGUCUCAGUGGAUUGACCUUCGUCUUCACCGGUGUGUUGCAAACUAUUGGCCGCGAUGAAGGCCAGGCACUGGUGAAGCGAUAUGGCGGCAAAGUUACUGGGCAGCCCAGUAGCAAAACCAGUUUCGUCGUUCUCGGAGACGAUGCUGGACCCAGCAAGUUAGCCAAGAUCAAAGCAAAUGGUAUCAAGACCAUUGAUGAGCAUGGCCUUUUCGAUCUGAUUCGCAAACUUCCGGCAUAUGGUGGUACCGGCAAGGGCGCUCAAAAAGCACAAGAGAAGAAGAAGGCAGAGGAAGAAAAGGUGAAGCAACAGAUUGCGGAAAUGGAGGCGGAAGAGAAAGCAAAGAAGCUUGAAGCAGAGCAAGCAGCAAAGAAGAAGGCCGCAGCUCAAGGAUCAACGAGCAGCGCCGCGGCUCAACCUGUACGAGCACCCGAUUUGCUUCUCACUUCCAAAUAUGCGCCGACACAGCUCAACCAAAUAUGCGGCAACAAGGCGCAGGUAGAAAAGAUUCAAAACUGGCUUCGAAACUGGCCAAAGUCGAAAAAGUACAAUUUCCAGCGGCGUGGAGCAGAUGGUAUGGGAGGCGAGCGAGCUAUCAUUAUAUCUGGCCCUCCUGGUAUUGGAAAAACCACGGCGGCGCAUUUGGCGGCCAAGCUCGAAGGCUACGAUGUCUUGGAGAGCAAUGCUAGUGAUACACGAAGCAAGAAACUCGUCGAGACCGGGGUUAGCGAUGUCAUGAACAAUACUUCUUUGCUAGGAUUCUUCGCCGGAGAUGGCAAAUCCGUGGAUAACGCCAAGAAAAAGAUUGUUCUCAUCAUGGAUGAGGUUGAUGGCAUGUCGGCUGGUGAUCGCGGAGGGGUUGGCGCCCUGGCCAAAUUCUGCAGGAAGACGGAAGUGCCAUUGAUCCUGAUCUGCAACGAGCGUAGAUUGCCAAAGAUGAAGCCCUUCGACCAUGCUGCGUUUGAUAUUAGAUUCAACCGUCCGACGGUCGAUCAAGUGCGCUCCCGCAUCAUGACAAUCUGCCACCGAGAAGGCCUCAAACUGCCACCGCCAGUUGUCGACGCUCUCAUUGAAGGAAGCAACAAGGAUAUCCGCCAGAUCAUUAACAUGAUUUCCACAGCGAAGCUUGACCAAUCAUCGAUGAGUUUUGAUCAAAGCAAAGCCAUGUCUAAAGCAUGGGAAAAGCAUGUCGUCCUGAAGCCGUGGGACAUCUGCCAGAAGAUGCUUGGCGGUGGACUCUUUGCCCCUGCGAGCAAGGCAACCCUCAAUGACAAGAUUGAACUCUACUUCAAUGAUCAUGAGUUUAGCUUCUUGAUGAUUCAGGAAAAUUACCUCCGCACCAAGCCCAUGGCCGUGGGUGCCAAUGGAUACACCGGUCGAGAAGCCACUUUAAAGGCACUUGAGCUCUUUGACCAAGCUGCGGAGAGUAUCAGUGAUGGUGACCUAGUGGACCGUAUGAUCCACGGGCCACAGCAGCACUGGAGUCUGAUGCCUACGCAUGCUAUUUUCAGCACUGUAAGACCUGCCAGCUUCGUCGCUGGCCAGCUGAUUGGAUCUAAUUUCACUUCAUGGCUUGGAAACCACAGCAAAGCUGGAAAGCUGGGUCGAUAUAUUCGAGAAAUUCACUCUCACAUGCGACUCAAGUCGUCUGGCGAUCAUACUGAGGUCCGACAAGAGUAUCUACCUCUGAUGUGGUCCCAAACAGUUGAUCGGCUGCAAAAAGAAGGCGGUGAAGCCGUAGGAGAGGUGAUUGACCUGAUGGAUAGCUACUAUCUCACCCGAGAGGACUUUGACGCCAUUCAAGAGCUGGGAGUUGGUCCUAUGAGGGAAGAAGAUGUCAAAAUCGAAACCAAGACAAAAGCUGCCUUUACUCGAACAUACAAUUCCAUGAACCACCCACUACCAUUCAUCAAAGCUAGCAAUGUGCUGGCACCAAAGAAGCUCGCUAAGGAGGCGCCAGAUUUGGAAGAAGCCAUUGAAGAAGCAGAUGAUGCUGAGGUGUUGGAGGCUCCAGAUGCCGAAGAAGAUGACGACAUCGAUUUCAAGAAGGACAAAUACAUCAAGCAACCAAAGGCCAAGAAGCCAUCAAAGAAGGCUGCGAAAGCCCAGACCGCAGAUGACGAAGACAGCGAGGAAGCCAAGCCAAAAGGCCGCUCCAAGGGCAAGCCUGCUGCAAAAGGAAAAGCAAAAAAAUAAGAUGCGAGCAUAGGUGACUUAUCACCAGCCAGUCCCAGGCGUGUAAAAUAUGUUUCUUUAUCAAGACGCGAAUGUAAUGUUGACCGGCGGUCGUCGCAUGUAUAAAAAGAAAAGAAGAAAUGGAACUCCAAGGCAGUACGGCAGUCUGCAAAACAUCAACUUAGAGGAGGAAAUAUUUGCUUUCAUGUCAUUCGAGCAUCAAAUCUUACGACUAUUAAUACUUUAGAAACGGAUUCUGUCAUGGCAGGAUGGGAUGGUAAUUGUAGACAUAGGAAUCAUCCAAAGUCACAAAAAAAAUAUGGGAUGGCAUAGGUAUGCAUUGUUCCGCUUUAAGCGGUUGAUUAGAGGGCGGCUCAUCACCAGAUAGCCGCUUAGAUGACGCAAAGUCGUAUAUACAUGUAUGUUACAUCUGUUCAUACAGAUGAUUCUCUCUCUUUUUCCUCUUCAGUCUCACAUUCAUGUGUCCAACUUUUCUGGAGUGUAACCCAAUUGUAACCCUUUCCCUUCGUCCCUCUUUCUCAAGGUUCUUUUCCCGAACCCAGCAUGCAAUAUGUCAACAUGUUUUUUGUCUUUUCAAAAACCGUCAUCGUGAGAGGAGCAUUAUACAUUUUUUCUGAUUUCGUGACCCAACGCCAAGCCAGCGCAAAAAUUCCGGUAAUAGUACAGGUGAAAGAGGCGUUGCAAUGAUUUAUGUUUCAGAUCAUUUCCAUCCACGCAUCUUUAGGUAUCUUUUUUUUUCCUGUAGAGUUUCUUCUCCUUCUUCUUUCUGUAUGUCUUCGAUUUGGAGUGUCUUUGAAAGAUGACGGUUAGAUGGAGAGAAGAUUUCUGUCUUUUUUAAGGAUAAAGUUUUUUAAGCGUUCUUAACGACGCCGACCUUGGCGGCACGCAGAACACGGCCGUUGAGCUUGAAGCCCUUCUGCUGCACAAAGAAGACGGUGUUGUCCUCCUUGCCGGGCUGGGGGGCCAUGAAGGUAGCCUCAUGCUCGUUGGGGUUGAACUUGACGCCAUCGGGCUCCAGUCGCUCCAGGCCGUGCUUGGCUAGUGUCUGGAUGAGGAUGUUCUCGGUCAUCUUGAGGCCCUCGUAGAAGUUGACCAGCUCCUGGAGGUCCUCGCUCUUGUUCUCGGCCUUGAGCUUUUCCGCGGGGACGGUGGAUAGGGCGCGGUCGAGGUUGUCGACGCUGUCGACGAGGUCCUUUGCGAACUUUUGGAUGGCAAAGUCGCGGGCGGCCUUUACCUCACGUGCUGUGCGGUCCUGGAGGUUGCGGAAGUCGGCGACGGUGCGAAGGCAUUUGUCCUUCCAGUCACGAGCCUCAGCAUCCUUGGCCUCGAGAUCCUUCUUCAGCUGAGCGACAGCGUCAGCCUCGCCGUUUUUCUCUCCCUCCUUGGCCUCAGCCUUUUCCUCGGCCUUGGGAGCCUCCUUGGACUCGGUAGACUCCUUGGUUUCGCUGUACCACCGGCUGGCGGCAGGCUGGAAUGAUCUUAUUGAGACGGCAGGAGC